AGUCGAAACCGUGCUUCUAGAUCGGAAUUCUCUCUAAUACAGUAUCUCUGGCCUGGUCAGAAAGACCAAGAAGAAAUAUCAACAACAUCAGUUCAGCUGUGCGAGUGAAAAGAUACGAGACUAGUUUCUAACAUUUGUUGAAUUCUGUUAAUUGCUACGGUAUAGCACGUGGAGUAUAAAUCAUUGUUGUUAUUUAGCGCAAAUAUGUCUUUGUUCGGGAAGUUAUUUGGCACUGGAGGUAAAGGGGAUAAAAUGACUAGCCCUCAGGAGGCGAUUCAGCGACUUCGAGACACAGAGGAAAUGUUGACGAAGAAACAGGAAUUUUUGGAGAAAAAGAUUGACCAGGAACUCCUCACUGCGAAAAAGAAUGGCACAAAAAAUAAAAGAGCUGCUCUGCAGGCCUUGAAACGGAAAAAGCGGUACGAGCAACAGUUGGGCCAGAUCGACGGCACGCUGUCCACCAUUGAGUUCCAGAGGGAGGCGCUAGAGAACGCCAACACCAACACCGAAGUGCUGAAGAACAUGGGCUUUGCCGCCAAGGCCAUGAAGGCAGCCCAUGAAAACAUGGACAUAGACAAAGUGGACGACUUGAUGCAGGACAUCACAGAGCAGCAGGAGCUGGCUCAAGAAAUCUCUGACGCUAUUUCUAAACCUGUAGGGUUCGGAGAGGAAUUUGAUGAGGAUGAUCUCUUAGCAGAAUUGGAAGAACUGGAACAAGAGGAACUAGACAAAAACCUCCUGGAAAUCACUGGCACAGAGAAUGUACCGCUGCCAAAUGUGCCCUCCACAUUCUUACCUGUAAGACCAGCAGCCAAGGAGGAAGAUGAGGACGACAUGAAGGAUCUGGAGGCAUGGGCCGCCAACUAGUCACUGCUGUUACUCCAUACCUUCUACAGGUGGAAAAGAAGAACUCUAUGGUAUGUGUUUCAGGAAGGAAUAGGAAAAGUCUGAAUAAACGGAGACUUUAAAAAAACUUGACAACCUUUUCGCUUACUGUCAAGCUCAGCCUCCUAAAGAGGGACAAUGGCAUGUUGUACCUUCAACCACUUAAAACCCCAAAUCUCUGGAGCGACCAAACAGUGUUUUUCUUUAAGUCCCUCAACUCGUUCUCUUCUGUAAAGCAUUGCUUCACUCCUUCCACCCCCCUUCUCUUAGUGCACAGAAUAUAUUUUGAAAAGAAAGUGUAAAAAUGACUGCUCAACACUGACAAUAAGCUUCAAUGUAGAAAUUCUAAUACCUCAUACCGUUUUAUGUGCAGUGCGACAAUACGUUGGAAGAUAUUACAAUACCCUGUAUACAUUUUUGUUGUUGAUGCACAAUAUCCCUUUGGCGUCAUGUGUUCACAUGGCAAUCCGCUGUUGUUUAAUACAUUUAUCAAAAUAUGCACUUAAAAUAUACCUAUUGUACAUGAUAUUUAUUAAUAGCUAUGUCCAGCGGGGAGAAUUUGAUUCCCAUCUUUAGGGCUAUUGGUGUUGGUCUUAAAUUUUAUUUUGGCAGGAUUUAUUGAACUAUAUCAUGAAUAUACUUCCAGAUACUCUGGCUUUCAAACGUGCACAUAUCUAUGAGUGCAACUCCACAAGGUAUCCUUGAAAUGCUUCCCUGGGUGAUGGUUCACACGGUUAUCUUUCUUUGAUGUGACAACCUAACCAACUAGUUACAUUUUGAAAACACAAUGACAUUUCUCGUCAAAACUGUCUAUACUGUAUCUGUUCAAACUGAAGUGACUGAGUGAGAUUAUGUCUACCUCUGUGAGUGUUUGUUCAUUUUCAUCUUUAAGAAACAUUAACACUAUAGGAGGUUAAAAAAAUAUAUAUUGGGGUGUUUGGGCUUCUCAGAGUAAUGGCAUUUGAUGUGUGUGUGAAGCGAGAAUAAAUUGAUUGUAUUCAGACUCCAAAUUACAGGCAGUGAGGUUUAUUUAACAUUAUGGCUUUCCUGAGUUUGUCAACUUAGCCCACUACUUUCUAAUUUGACAUGCUGCUUCAGAUUUCUUAUUUUCUAUGUUUCAAAUGUCUAUUUUCUGUCUAAAUUCCACCUUCAGAAGGGGAAAUAAACUAAUGUAUGACAGCAUUAUGUUAUGUUUGACAUGCUCCGAUAUACCAUAGGUCGUGUGUGUUUGUACACAGGGCUGUCCCUUGUGUGCCGGUUCCUGUUUUUCUUUGGUCCGUCUUCCUACCCUGCCUAUCACAACUUUCCCUUGUUUUAAUGGAACACCUAAAUUAAACCUUUUGCCAAGUU